GUAUUGGUUUUGUUGGAUUAUCUGCUUGCCUUAAGUAUUUGGGUGAAAUUUAAUUUGUAUUUGGUCAGCUCCCUAUUGCAUCUGCCUUCAGUGCAUUUUCAGGCGUGUAAAAGUCAUUUAGAAUACAGUAGUUUUUGCAGUAAGUACAAAAAUAUUUAAAGAAUUUGCGUGUUAAAGCCAAUAUGCCAGUGCCUACUCCUGUUCCGGACCCCCAUGCCACCCGCAGGCUGACACUGGACUGCCGGAGCCUGCUGGACCAUCGCCAGGCCAGUGGAGUGUGUGGUUGUUGCUGUGGGGCUUUCAGGCCCCGUUACAAGCGCCUCGUGGACAACAUUUUUCCUGAAGAUCCAGAGGAUGGGUUGGUAAAGGCCAACAUGGAGAAGUUGACAUUCUAUGCACUGUCAGCUCCAGAGAAACUGGACCGAAUAGGAGCUUACCUGUCCGAGAGGCUAUCCCGUGAUGUGGCUAGACACAGAUAUGGAUAUGUGUGCAUUGCUAUGGAGGCUCUGGACCAGCUGUUGAUGGCGUGCCACUGUCAGAGCAUUAACUUGUUUGUUGAGAGUUUUCUGAAGAUGGUGCGCAAACUGUUGGAAUCUGACAAACCCAACCUGCAGAUACUGGGAACCAACUCUUUUGUGAAGUUUGCCAACAUUGAGGAGGACACUCCUUCUUAUCAUCGUAGUUAUGAUUUCUUUGUGUCACGGUUUAGUGAGAUGUGCCACUCCAGCUUUGAGGAUCCAGACUUUCGUAUCAAGAUCCGUAUGGCUGGUAUAAAAGGAUUGCAGGGGGUAGUGAGGAAGACGGUGAAUGAUGAAUUACAGGCUAAUAUCUGGGACCCUCAGCACAUGGACAAGAUUGUUCCCUCGCUGCUUUUCAAUUUGCAGCCCGGAGAAGGCACAGAGAGUCGCUCUCCCUCUCCACUGCAGGCCAGUGAAGGAAAGGAGAAGGAAAGUCCAGCUGAGCUCACAGAGCGCUGUUUUCGGGAGCUCCUCGGCCGCGCUGCCUACGGCAACAUCAAGAACGCAGUCACCCCUGUGCUUAUGCACCUUGAUAAUCACUCACUUUGGGAGGGGAAAACAUUUGCAGUGCGCUGCUUUAAGAUCAUCAUGUACUCUAUCCAGUCACAACACUCUCACCUGGUUAUCCAGCAGCUUCUGGGUCACUUGGAUGCUAACAGUAAGACAUCGGCUACAGUGCGUGCCGGGAUAGUGGAGGUUCUCCUGGAGGCAGCUGCUAUAGCAGCAAGUGGCUCUGUUGGCCCCACCGUGCUAGAAGUGUUUAACACUCUGCUGAGGCAGCUGAAGCUCAGUGUGGACUAUGAGCUCACUGGCUCUUAUGACUGCACCACCAUGGGCACUAAGACCAUCAAAGAGCAUGAAGAGAGGCAGCUCCAGGAAGCUGUCAUCAUGACCAUAGGUUCUUUUGCUAAUACUCUGCCCACGUACCAGCGCUCUGAGGUGAUGCUUUUUAUCAUGGGAAAAAUUCCUAUUCCAGGCAUGCACCCAACACUGCAACCUGCAGGGUCUGAAGCAGACAGGCUGAUCCAGCUCAUGUUGUUGAAAUCUCUGAGACAGGUGACAACUGGCUUUCAGAGCACGAACAUGUUGACCGCUCUGCCCAGCUCAUUCCUGGACCCACUUUUGUCAUUUGCCCUAUUGGAGGAUGCACACAUCCGCCUGCUUGUCCUCGAAAUCCUCGUCAGCCUCAUUGAUCGCCAUGACAACCUUCCCAAGUUCUCCACCAUUAGUAUUAUCUCUGACAUCUCUGUGCUCAAACUGAAAAUGGAGAAGUGUUCUCGGCAAGACAACCUCUUCAUGAAGAAGCAUGCCCAGCAGCUGUACAGACACAUCUACCUGUCGUGUAAGGAGCAGAGCAGCAUGCAGCCACACUUUGAGAUGCUCUACACACUGCUGGCUCUUAUCAGCAUGGAACUUGCCAACGAGGAGGUAGUGGUGGACCUCAUCCGCCUGGCACUGGCUCUGCAGGAUUUGGCUCUAGCCAGCGAGGAGACGCUGCCUGUGUACAACCGCUGUGCUGUUCAUGCCCUCUCUGCUGCCUACCUCAACCUCAUCUGCCAACUCACCACCGUGCCCACCUUCUGCCAGCAUGUUCACGAGGUGAUCGAGGUGAGACAAAAGGAUUGUCCAUUUCUUUUGCCUGAGGAUAUCUUCAUUGAAGAUCCUAAGAUCCCUGAGGUACUGGAGAAGCCAGAAGGAGAAGUGCUUUUCCAGCAGGCUAAAGUCACCGAAGUGCUGGGAGGAAGUGGCUUUAAUACAGAGAGACUGGCCACACCUUAUAUACCUCAGUUUACAGAUGAAGACAGGCUGUCAAAGAGGAAGAGUAUAGGUGAAACUAUCUCCCUGCAGGUAGAGGUGGAGUCCCGAAACAGUCCAGAGAAGGAGGAGAGAACACCAGCUGAGGAAAUCACAUUUGAGGCACUAAAGAAUGCCAUUGUGGACACUGUGGGAAUGGAGGAACAGGAGAGAGAGCGGAGGAGGCAGGUUGUGGAGAAGUUCCAAAAGGCUCCAUUUGAGGAGAUAGCUGCCCAUUGUGGAGCCAGAGCUACAAUGCUACAGAGCAAACUCAGUCAAAUCUUCGAAAUCACAAUCAGGCCACCACCAAGUCCGUCUGGGACCAUCACAGCAGGAUAUGGUCAAACCCAGAGCCGCUCUGUUCCUGUGUAUGAGAUGAAGUUUCCAGAUCUGUGUGUGUAUUAGCACCACAGCCACUGAGCAGCCAGUGGGAGGCAGGCAGAAGAAAGAGGGUUUGAAGAUGGAGCAUAUAGUCUGUGUGUGUGUGUGCUUUUUUUUUUGUUCCAACACUGAGAUUUACAGAGCACUACGUGAGCAGAUAACUUCCCCUUCAUUCUCUGUCAUCUCUUUCCCCAUGGAGGCAAACCUCAUGGCAAUUUGCACCUGUGACUCCUGACAAAAAAAUGACGAAGGAAUGACGACAGAAUAAAAGCGGACUCUAUGUAAACUCAUUCUGUAUAGAAAGGCCAUGUAGGCACAGUUUGUUUAUUACUGCUCCUCUUCUACAAGCAGCUGCCUCAGCUUAGGGGUAUGCGAUGAGUAUUUUAGCAUUGUUUGCCAUGCUGUUUUUUUUUUUAAUUAAUGGUCUAAGAUUAAUUUUAAGUGUUUGUGCUUUGCUAGUCCUUCAAUGCCAACUAUUUUUAAAUAAUUCAUCAAAACAAUCAAUUUUAGAUGUGUAUUUUUAGAAAAUGCGUACAAAGAGAUUUUGCCCAGUCUGUUUUGUUAUAUUUAAAGCUUUAAUGAGUUAUUUUACUAUUUACUUUUUUUAAAAAGCAUGUCAGUCUAUAUUGGUGCUAAUUUGAUUCUAUUUUUUUGUUGUUGUUUUGUAAAUUUCUGACAUUUAUUUUUUCAGCUACACUAGACACUAGACAAACUUGUAGACCAUCUGCCCUUCAAAAUGUUCUCUCUUGAGUGUGAUGAAUAUUUUGGAGAUAUUUGUGAUUGAGUCUUUAGGGAUGACAACAUAGAGAUUUUUUUAAAAUGCAGAACACUUAAGUAUCUGAAACUUUGGUGUGUCUCAAAAUACAAUAAUUCAGAAUUGUUCAACAGAUCAUCUCACAAAUGCAACUUAGCUAGCACUAUUCAUUGUUCUGCUGUAGGUAGAUUUGUUCAUAUGCAUUUAAUCUGUUUCAUGUCUGCUGUAUUUAAAAUAUAAGGGACCUGUUUUCUGGAUUCAGUUGACUAAAAUGAAAUUGCACUUGAUAAUUCUGAUUGUUUUUAUCGGCAAAAGCAGAACUUUACUCCAGUACUAGGCUGGAUCUGCAUCUAUUUAAAUGAGGUUGUUGGUCUUUUUUUAUAAUUAGAUUAUCUCAUUUAACUGCCUUAUUAGCCACUACAGUCUUGUAGUCUUUACAAAUUAGCAAAAGCAGUGUUGUUUUUUUAAUUCAGAAACAGUUGUUGUUAUAUUUAUAUACACACUAAUCAUGGACAUGAAUAUAAAGACAAAUAGGUCUUUACUGAUUUCUUUGAACUGUUCUUUUUCUUGAGUAGACGGAGUUAAAACAUGAAAAUAUAUAUAAUUAAUAAUUCUCAGUGUUGUUUUUUGGUAAAGAUGCAUGUUAUAGACUCAUUUACUUAGAAAAAAAACUAUUUUAACAAAUCAUUAAAAUCAUAAUAUUGCAAAGAUAAUCAUGUCCAUGAUGAGCGUGUGUAAACCACAACUGCCGCAUACAGUUAACAUUAAUUAUGUAUAAGAUUAUAAUUAUACACUAUAUGCAAACUAUGUAAAUGACCAUGGAGAUGAAAACAAAGUUAGUUUUAGAUUGCGCUGAUUUUGCUCCAUGUUUGGAGAAUUUUCUAUAAUUGAACAAUAUUAGAUAAAUGUAGAUUAGAUAAAACUGUGUGAACACCAAUGAAGAACUAACCAGCAUGAGUUGACUAUCAUCACAGAAAUAGCGUCAAGUGAAAACAAUGUUAUAUUUUCAUGACCUACUGCAAGCUCUAGGGGAUGGAUGAAGAUGUAAGAGUCUGUUGGUCUCUAAGAUAUUUGCUGCAGAAAUAAGCCUUUGUGAUACACCAGUGAUUGUAGCUUUGCCAAAUGCGUCCCCUCGAGUGUUUCCAUGGCAGGAGCCUGUCCCUAGUGUGUGAUCCAAGUCACAUCAAGGCCUUCAGUGCAUGUUUCAGAUAUUGUGGCUAAUCAGAGGACAUGAACUGUUGUACAUUUGAUUGUAGGUGCUCGUAACAGAGGCUUUAUUUCUGUGAAAGGAACACACUGAUCACAGAAGACCACGGUCCAAUCGUCUUUUUGUUUAUUGUGUCGUUUGUCAGUGAUGGCAGUGCUGUGGUGUAACCAGCUUUUUAUGCGCUGAGGGAAUUCUCCCCUCGGUGUUGUAUAUUGUUGAUCGCUCUCUUCUGUUUAUUUUUUUUAUUGUUAUUAAUCCAAAACAUUUCAUUCAGACAAAUGCAAGUUGUGUGUGUGACUGUGUGUAUUUUUCCCAGUGCAAUGGAGUAGAGCUGUCUUGUGGCAUUAAGUGGCAUUUUUGUCCAUGUCUAGGAUUUUUUUGUUUACACAGUCUUUAAAGGACCUUCAAAUUGAAGCCAUGUUUGUAAGUCUCCUUAAACCAGCUAAAGCCUGUCUGUAGGUGGUCCGUCUUUACAUGGAACUCAAAACAUAUUACAUAAUGUGCAAUUAUUGCGUUUAGUAACAUUUAAAUUAAAGGGUUUCUGAGUUUUUUAAAAAUAGGUAAACACUUAUUCAGAGUGGUUUAGUGUGAAAUGUUUCAUUGUACAGACGAGGAUUGACUCUUGACUUCUUUUUUGAUGAUGGGUAUCUGGGGUCACCAUGUUUACAGCUUAUAUAUAGCCUCUUUAUUAAGUAUCCAAUUUCCAAUCCAGCAUUUUUCUUUGGGUACUUUUUUUAUUACAGCAUCCUGCAUCCAUCUCUCUGUCAUGAAUGUAUUAAAAAUAUGGUUUAGACCAAACCCUGCAUUAGGCAGCAUAUUAGAAAAAUUGUAAGUAAUAACUUUCUGUGAAAGAGCUUUUAAACUCUUCAGAUGUCUGAUUUCAAUCCCCACCAUUGUGAACUGUCUGCAGCAGGUUUCUCAGUAAUAGUGCCAUUUUACAUUAAACCACUCAGAAUUAUUUUGUUUACAUUUUAAUUAUUAAUUAAAAACAAUAUAAUGAUUCAGCAGUGGUUUCACUCAACUAUUACAAUUACACUUUUAGAAAAGCAACAGACAAGUACGUUUACAUUUAGAAAAGCACCUAUUAUCCAACCAUUAAUGUUGUUUUGAAAGGUUCAAGAAAGUUCAAGAUUUAAGACAGUGUUUUUCAACCCUGGUUCUGAAGGCCCAGUGUCCUGCACAUUUUAGUGUAUUUCCUUCUAAUUAUUCAGUGUGUGUAGGGAGCAGAGAAUAUAAAAUCUAAAAUGAGCAGUGUAGUGGGCUUCCAGUUCCAAGGUUGAUUUAAAAUAUACUCUCUUACAUCACUUGUGUAUGUUACUUUAAAAGUCUAAAUGCAUUGGAUGUUGCUUAUUACAUCAGUAUGUUGUAAACAUACCCUCUUCUGGUCAUGAUAUUGAUGUACAGUGGAGUAGUCUGGUGAUUAAUUAUGGUGGAACUGCUCGUUUGGUGGAAUUUAAAUUUAAGCUCAAAAUCAUCAAUUUAAGGCAGCUGUUAAAUGGAGGAAAAAUAGUCUGCUUCUGUUUAAAAUGGAUAGGCUUGUACAUGUAGACCACAACUGACUUUGUUUUACAUGUCAAGUGUACAAGUAAUCAAUAAAACAUACAUCCAGUA